CCGAACUCGUUGCUCACUCAUCGUGAUCGUGCGUGCGUGGUGGUUGCCGGUUUGUGGUUGUUCGAUUUGUGGUUAUUUUCGAAGUUUUGAUAUUAUGUGGCUAGGUUCAAUUCAAUAGUUAUAUCUCCAGAGCGGCAUUUGUCUUGCAAGUAUAACCUACUUUCAAAUCAUAUCAAAAAUGGUAAAGGUCAAACCCCCAACUUCGCCAAAGAUAACCAAGAAGAAAAGUUCUUUAGGGAAAACAGAAAACAUCAAAAGUAAGACAAUAAUGAAACCACCAGGCAGACAACGUAGGAGGAGAGGAAUUCAAAAGAAAACGAAAAGAGAUCCGACUGGUGUUGUAUAUCUAAGUCACAUUCCACAUGGAUUCUACGAAGAGCAAAUUGAAGGUUACUUCAGUCAGUUUGGAAAAGUCACUGGCGUCAAUGUCCCUAGAAGCAAGAGUGGAAGAGCCAAAGGAUAUGCAUUUAUUGAGUACAAGUACCCAGAAAUUGCUCAAAUUGCGGCAGACACGAUGAACAACUAUUUGAUGAUGAAUCGUCUGAUGAAAGCAAAGUACAUCCCUCCUGACAAGCAGAAACCUAAACUUUUCCACUUAGCAAAACUAGCCCGACAAAACAAUGAAACACUCGCAAAGAAAGCAGAACUCGCAAUCAAGCAUAACCGAAAAGUAAAAAAUCGUUAUUUGAAAAUGUCUCUAACAGUAAACAAGAUUAAUGGCUUGCUGAAGAGGAAGGAGCUGUUGGCUAAGCGAAUGCAAGAUUCAGGAUUGAAUGCUAAUUUUGAGGUUGAAGAGGCAAACUAUGAAUCAGUAUUGCAGCAAAAAAAGGAACUUGAUGCAGUCAAGAAAAACAAUAUUAAAGAACAAGAAUCUAUGUCAGAAAGUGAAGAAGCGACAGACUCUGAUGAACAUUCUCCUGGAAGUUCUCUAGAGAGUGAUGAUUCUUCUUUAGGUGAUAGUGAUAAAGAUGAUUCUCUCUCAGAAAGUGACGACGAGGAUAGGAGAACAAGCAUAUUCAAGGCAAGAAGAGCUUCUAGAGAUAUACUAAAGAAAAAAAUGAAAAGUAAAACCGUUAAUACUCAUUUGAAAGUAAAUUCACUACGGAAAAGUCUUGUAGUUGAUGCUAUUAAAUCUUUCACAAAUUCACCACAGAAAAGCCUUGUUGUGGAUGAUAUUAAAUCCUCCAAUUCCUUUACUCCAACAAAAUUGAGGCCUCGCAAAAGUCUGAAUAAAAACAUAACAUCUUCGGUUGAAAGAACUCAGUUAUCUGGAAAAAAGAGAAAAGCUGUCCUUCAAACUCCCUCAGAGAAGAAAUUAAAUGUUUCACUAACAGCAAUGGCAGUUAACAACAGUCAAGAAGACAAAAAUUGCAAUACUCCUUCUGGUACAAUAAAGAAACUCAUCAAGGCUGGGAAAAACUCUGCAAAAAGUACACCAAAAGAAAAGGCUGCCAGUCAGGGUUUGCCAACCAAACAGAAUUCAUCAAAGAAAACCCCUAAGAAAGAAGUAAAAUUACUAAAAGAAGUUUCACCUGCUACUCCAAAGUCACCAUCAGGGAAGAAACUGAGGCACAGACAAUUGAAAAACAUUUUGAGUUCUUAGUAAAUAAGCUUUAGAAUUCAAAACACCCUUCCUCAGCAUUAUCUGUACAUCAACUUUAUCUGUUAACAAUGUUAAAACUAUUGGUGAUAUCUUAUUCAUUUUUAUGAAAUUUCUCAUAUAAGGAAUAAGCUAUUACCGUAGGUAUCAGAUCGCAAAAGAGUUAGGAAUCAGCAUCAUUGGUCCCUGGGAAUGGGGUUUAGUGGGGUGAAAGUUUAAAAAAUAGUAAUUUUCAGUUUUGGCAACAGUUGUGUUGUAGUUUUUUGUUGUUGUUUGAUUUACUUAAUCUUUUUCCUUUCUUCCCAAGAAGGACAUAGGGCUGUGACAAACUUUCUUUUCAUUAUAUCACCAAAAAUUACUUGUUGUUCAAAGGUUUAUUGCGGACAUUUUCCAUCACGAAUGUAAAAAAAAAACAAUACACAACG